AGCUGUGCAAAAUGGGGUUUCAAGGUGUGAUUUCCGUAUGAUAACAAAAGCAAGUUCCUGUAAUUUAGAUACAGGAAUGUGACAUUCAAAAUGCUGGUAAUGUCCAUCUUAAGCUAUUGUAACUUCCUCUAGGAUUGUGUGUGUGUGUGUGUGUGUGUGUGUGUGUGUGUGUGUGUGUGUGUGUGUGUGUGUGUGUGUGUGUGUGUGUGUGUGUGUGUGUGUGUGUGGGCAUUUUUACCAGAUUCAGAUUAUAGAAUAUAUCUGAGUUUGACCAAUUUGAGGGGGUGAGUGUAUUUAUUUAUUUAUUUAUUUAUAAAAUCAGACUUCUGUUUAAAUCUUUUGGGGAAAAUUCUCAUUUUUUUUCAUAUCUAUCUAGAUUUGGAAAAAACUACAAACAAAUUCCUUACUUGGUUCAGUUUUACUUGCAAAACUGCAUGAGAGCCAAAUAUUGUAAUGCUGCUAAUAUUUUUUUCAACUUCCUGUACAUUUCUGCACUCUCAUUGGCUACACGUAAAGGAGGCAUUGCCAGAAACAGAUCAAGUAUAGGCAGGACCAGAUAGACAUCUGCUUAGAAUAAAGAUCCUACUCUUGCAGCAACAAGGAAGAUGGGAAGUGAUAACAUCACCUCCACGGUGGUUCGAUCAUCUGAGCAGGAUGCGACUCUCAAAAACAUGAUCACGGCCUCUGUGGUCAUCUACUGUGUGAUAUUCAUCGUUGGGACUCUGGGUAAUGGUCUUGUCAUCUACGUGACAGGCUUCAGAAUGAAGAAAACAGUCAACUCAGUGUGGUUUCUCAACUUGGCCCUGGCUGACUUCCUCUUUAUGGCAUGCUUGAUUUUCUCAAUAAUCUCUCUCUAUCAAGAGCACCACUGGCCUUUUGGAAAAGAGAUGUGCAAGAUUCACAACUUAGUCAGUACAGUCAACAUGUUUGCCAGUGUGUUUUUUCUGACAGCCAUAAGUCUGGAUCGAUGCUUGUGCAUCUGGGUGGUGGUGUGGGCACACAACAAGCGCACAGUGUGCAAAGCUCAGAUCAUAAGUGCUGUAAUCUGGGUAACUGCUGCAAUCUUCAGCAUCCCUUCUGUCAUUUUUCGUGACAUCACAGAGAUAAAUGGGAAAAAGAGUUGUAUUUAUCUAAAAAUGACAAAAGAACAACAAGUGAGUCUCUAUACUUUACGCUUUGUGAUGGGUUUCAUCAUCCCAUUCCUGGUAAUACUCAUCUCUUACAUAGCCAUAGCCGUCCGAGCCAGGCGUCUGCAGAGGACAAGGCCACAGAAAUCUUACCGAAUCAUUUUCUCAGUUGUUUCUGCAUUUUUCAUCUGCUGGUUGCCGUUUCAUGUCGUCAGUUUUAUAAGCUUGCAGCAUUCUAGAAACCCAGAUCUCAAGAACAUUAUUCAGAUUGGAUCUCCUCUGGCUGUGAGUCUGGCUUUCAUGAACAGUUGCCUGAACCCCAUUCUCUACGUUUUCAUGUGUCAUGAGUUCCAGAAGAAGCUUCGCAAGUCCAUCUGUUUUGUCCUGGAGAGUGCUCUGGCAGAGGACCACUUGUCAUUUGCAUCAUCUCGCUCCUUGUCAUCAUACUUCUCACGGAAUCCCCGAAAAUCAGAUGCCUCCUGCCAAUUGGAGGGAAGAGAUGCAAUUACUCCUUUAAGCUUCGCAGAGAGCAAAGUGGUCUUCAUCAAUGGGGACAAAGAGACAAGAGAAGAAAUAACCAUCUGACAGGCAAUAUUAAUCAAACUGAGUUUAUGCUGUUUUUCUUUUUCUUGCUUUUUUUUCUACAUAAAACUUGUAUUAAUAGUAAGAAAAAUAGCUUUCAAGAUGACAUCUAGAUUUGAUUUAGACAAUACAUCUGCAAAGAUAAAUACAUUAAUAGAAUGUUUCAUUUGUUUUAAUGCUUUUUUUUCUAUCAUGUUGAAUAAGUAUUUACCAAGAAGUGUUUUCAGUUGUGGCUAACAAAACAUCCGCUGACUUCCCCAUGACUUCAGUCAAGCAGUAUGAAGCCGUUAUAUAGUUCUCUAUGUCUUCAAAAUCUAAUCAGCCAGAGUAAACAAAUGAAGAAAAAUGUGCAUCAUUAAAUUGUAAAUGUUAAUUUCUCCAAAAAUCUGAGAAACUACAUGUUUUGUAUAUUCAAACUUUUCUCCAAAUUCCCAAUGUGAAAACAUUUAUUUGCAUGUAUUUUACUUUGUGAGCAUGUUUAAUUUUUGCAUGUGCUGAUUUCAGAACGUGUGAUACAUGUGCAUACGUGAUCUGCAAGAUAACAAACUUGGAUUUUUGUUCAUUUUAAGCAGUAAAUAAAUCAACUGAAAUCA